CAGGCACCUCCUUCAAAGGUCGCCUUACGUAAGGGGUGCGGCUGCCUGGUCUUGUUGGACGGGAGCCGAGGAGGAUCCGUCGGGAAACGGCGGACCCACCUGAGACACGUCCGGGCUGACGAACUCUUCCUCCAACAACUCCAGAUCGCAGGUCGCAUCCACCACGUCGAUGACCGCCGGUUGCGCGCGUUGCUUCACCCACGAACCGUCGCCCACCUCUCCCAAGCCUGUCAAAGGCCAGCACCUGCUCCGCGUUAUGGGUCCUUCCCCGGCUUCUCGUCCUGCACCACGCCCAACCGACGAUGACAGCCCGGCCAGCGCUUCGAUGUCCCCGGCCACGCAGAAUCCCAUCAAGCGUCGCAACAGCGAUGAACUCGGGCCAUUGCCACCAAAGGCUCCGGACCAGAAGCGUAGGAGGCGAGCGUUCUCUUGCCUGUCAUGCCAAAAGCUAAAAUGCCGGUGCGAGUACGAUCCUGGCGCGCCCGGGUGCCACCGAUGCCAGACACUGCGGCUCGAGUGCUCUCUCAAGGGCGAGAAUAUAGUCGCGACAUACAAUGCCAAGUCCGGCCCGCCAAAGACCACAGUGGAAGAGAGACUAGAACGCCAUGAGGAGUCUCUGUCCGAGAUCAAGUCUAUGCUUAGAGAUCUCCAGAGCUCGGCUCGAGCAUCUGCAGACCGUCAGAUCCAGCAAGAAGGAUCUGCCCGGACUGCCCGCAGCCGAUCCCCAGACUCAGGGUCGGAAGGCAUGCCUGAGUAUUUCUCUCGACCUGCAGACCACGGCACUCAGUCCGCGCCGAUCGUAGUGUUGCGUGAGAUUAGCGAGCAGGUCAGCAAAGGCUAUCGGAGGAUUUUCGAGCAUGUCAACCUCGAUCUUGUGCAACUGCAAUUGCUCGAUGAGGCUACGGCCCGGGAGUUCAUUCAGCUCUUUUUCCGAUAUCAAGCAUCCUCCUUGAUCGCGUGUGGACAUGAAGACCUUGUGCAGCCUCGCGAGACCAGGAAGGUUUCCACUUUCUUGCACACAGUCUGUUGUCUCCACGGUAUGGCAUAUCGGAACGAAUUGCUCGGCUCUGAACUGCACCGGCAGGUCAAUGAGCAAGCACGUGUCAGUUUAGGGCAGGCGCUCAUCUCGAGUCCGCUCACUCUGGAAGAGAUUAACGCCAUGCUGCUCAUGAGUGACAGCGGCAAUGCUCCGAAUAGCUCCGGCACGGAAUACAUAGACAGUUGGCUUCUCACCGGCUACUGUGCAAAACAGGCUAUGCUCUGCGUUAGCUUUUCGAAGAUCGUUGGCCGAAUCAAGCGAGGGAAAUCCACAGUGGACGACCACAAAGCCAUCCAUCUGUGGUCAACAAUUUGUCUCCACCACUUGCAAUGGGCUGCAACAACCGGAAGACCCUCCAUCAUCCCACCCGCCUACGUGAACCAGUGCAACAUCCUGCUCACAUUCUACCACGCAACAAUGCAGGAUGGCAUGCUCGUCGCCGAGAUCUUGCUGUACUCUUGUCUUCAUGAAAAGUUGACCUCCCAGACUUAUGUUCUCGAUGGCAGCGAAUGUGAAGAGUUCCUGGCAUGGAAGCAGAAGUGGAACCACCUUCUGGUUUUGCCUACGUCGUCCAUGUUGAAAGUUGGUUAUCAUGCCGCGUGUCUGAUUCUUGCCGUGCGAUGCCUGGAGGAAACUGGAACGGGACUCCGAUCCCAAAUCUUCCUUUCCGACUACAAUGGGGGCAGUGGUGCCAACAGCGUACCUGAUGAGAACAACGACCCCGAAACGCGCCACGGCUCGACGAAUGAGCAGGAAGACCAGCUACGCACCAACAUCUGCAAGUAUGCAAUGCUUGUGCUCCAGGCAUUCCUGGAAGCACCGCCUUUCCUUGCUGAUGCCGUCCCCACUUGCAUCUGCCUUUGCAUCGGCUACUGUGCAUUUGUCUUGGCCCAGUAUGACGAGUCGCAGUCAAAGAUCUCCGACGCAAAGACGCUCGACUUUAUCAACCGUGUCAACGAAUGGAGCAAGUCCACGCCUGGCAAGACUUGGUCGUACCGUUACGGUGAGCUUGCCAAACGCAAGUUCGACGCCCGCAUACACGGUAAGAUGCGUGCAUCGCAAGGACUUGCACCUCCUCACCCCACCCAUCAAACUGCUCUUCGAUCGCCGUCCAGAGCCAGUCCCAUAACUCCUGCUGAACGCCCAGCUGGCUCCAUGGGCCCACCUCAGUAUCGGAAUGAGGAGUAUCAUGCACAACACCUUGCUGGCCAGCCCGUCAUGCCCAAUUUUGAGAUGCCGGAGCAACCAAUUUUCCCACUUAUGGAAGAUUUCUUUGGUGGAAACAUACUUGAAUGGACAAGAUGAUAACAUCCUGGGACGCAGGUGGGUAUUAAGAAUGGAUACCUAUCCGUCGGCUUGCGGACCCGCAUCGGCAGCUGACCAAGCCCGGAUGGAGCAUUGACCCGCGCCCGCGAUAGUCGGCCC